AUGGCGGAAGGCUCCCCCGGAGCGGCUGCCGCGGCGGGAGACGCUCCGGGAGUCGCGCCGGGAAACGCGGCGGGAGAUACGGGAGGGAGUGGCGGGAGCGGUAACGGAGGCGCGUGGAAGUGGGCGGUGCGGAAGGGCGUGUGGGACGAGCUGGAGGCGCGUGACGUGGCGCGGCCGCCGCGCCCCGUGCACCACCGCAUUCCUAACUUUGAAGGAGCGGACAAAGCUGCUGCCAUGCUGGCAUCGCUGCCGGAGUUCCAGGCAGCAGCGUGUGUGAAGGUCAACCCCGACACGCCUCAGAAGGCCUUGCGGCUUGCUGUGCUGCAAGCCAGCAAGCUCCUGCUGACCCCACAGCCGCGCUUACGGACUGGCUUCUUCUCACGCCUCUCUGCUGCCCACGUACCGCCCGACCAGCUGCUUGCUGCCUGCACCGCGGCCGGCGUGGCUCGGCACGGAGUGCCGGUGGCGCUAGAAGACAAAGUUGCGGUGGAUAUGGUGGUGCUUGGGUCUGUUGCCGUUGACCCCACGACCGGUGCCAGGCUGGGGAAAGGAGAGGGCUUUGCAGAGUUGGAGUAUGGCAUUCUGAGGUGGAUGGGGGCGGUCACAGACGACACUCCCGUGGUUACGACUGUGCACGACUGUCAGCUAGUUGCAGCAGGCGCCAUCCCAAGUAGCAAGCUGAGGCAGCACGACCUGCCAGUUGACAUCAUCUGCACGCCCACGCAGAUCAUCCGGGUCUCCAGCAGGAUUCCUAAACCCUCAGGCAUCUACUGGCAUCUUCUCUCACCUCAGAAGCUAGCUCAGAUCCGCAUUCUACAGCAACUCAAGAGCACCCUGGAGGCACAGACAGGUGCCGCUCUCCGUCUGGGACCAGACGAGGUGCUUCCACCCGUUGCUGCCCGGCACGGGAAAGGGAGCCGGGGGAAGGAAGGGGGAAGGGAGGGGGGGGAGAGAGGAGGGGUGGGGAGGGGGAGAGGGAGAGGGGAGAGGAGGGGAGGGGAGGGGAGGCGGAGUGAGAGAAAGGUGUGGAGGAGGGGUGAUGAUAAAGGCAGUGGAGUGAGGGAGGGAGGAAGAGAGUGA